AUGGCACCCAACCUGGAGCCUUUCUUCAAGCAGGUCGACUCUUCCGCUGACACCUUCAUUGAUCGUCUGCGCAAGGCCGUUGCUAUUCCUUCUGUCUCCGCCCAGGAUGAGAACCGCCCAGAUGUGUUCCGCAUGGCCCAGUUUUUGGCCGACGAGCUGAAGGCUCUCGGCGCCGAAGUUGAGCAAAGACCUCUGGGCAAGCAGCCCGGCAAGGAGCACCUCGAUCUUCCCCCCGUUGUUGUCGCCCGCUACGGCAACGACAAGAACAAGCGCACCAUCCUGGUCUACGGCCACUACGAUGUGCAGCCCGCACUGAAGGAGGAUGGCUGGGCCACCGAGCCCUUCGAGUUGACAAUUGAUGACAAGGACCGCAUGUACGGCCGUGGAUCCACAGAUGACAAGGGUCCCGUUCUUGGUUGGUUGAACGUUAUCGAGGCUCACCGCAAGGCCGGUGUUGAGUUCCCCGUUAACUUGCUCUGCUGCUUUGAGGGUAUGGAGGAGUACGGAUCCGAGGGUCUGGAUGAUUUCAUCAAGGCUGAGGCUAAGGAGUACUUCAAGGAUGCUGAUGCUGUCUGUAUUUCCGAUAACUACUGGCUCGGCACUGAGAAGCCUUGCUUGACAUACGGUCUCCGUGGAUGCAACUACUACUCCGUUAGCGUUACUGGCCCCGCUCAGGAUCUCCACAGUGGUGUCUUCGGUGGUUCCGCUCACGAGCCCAUGACCGACCUGGUUACUGUUCUGUCCAAGUUGGUCGACCCCCAGGGUAACAUCCUCAUCCCUGGUCUCAUGGAUCUGGUUGCUCCCGUCACUGAUGAGGAGAUGGCCCUGUACGGUGACAUUAGCUACACCAUGGACAACCUCCAUGAGUCUCUGGGCAGCGAGACUGGUAUCCACCCCACUAAGGAGCGUACUCUGAUGGCUCGCUGGAGAUACCCCUCUCUGUCCAUUCACGGUGUUGAGGGUGCUUACUCCGCCCCCGGUGCUAAGACUGUCAUUCCCGCUAAGGUCAUCGGCAAGUUCUCCAUCCGAACUGUGCCCAACAUGGAGAGCGCCGACGUCAACAAGCUGGUCUUUGACCACGUCAAGGCUGAGUUCGCCAAGUUGAACUCCAAGAACAAGCUGGACGUUUGGUUGCAGCACGACGGCAAGUGGUGGGUUGCCAGCCCCAAGCACUGGAACUUCUCCGCUGCCAGCAAGGCCGUUGAGCAGGUCUUCGGUGUUGCUCCUGAUAUGACCCGUGAGGGUGGAAGUAUCCCCGUUACCCUGACUUUCGAGCAGGCCACUGGCAAGAACGUCCUCCUCCUGCCCAUGGGAAGCUCUACUGAUGCUGCCCACUCCGUUAACGAGAAGCUGGACCGUCGCAACUAUAUCGAGGGUACCAAGCUGCUGGGUGCUUACCUGCACUAUGUUGCUGAGGAGCCUGUCUCCGCAUAA